AGUCGGAUGUGGAGAAAGAACAGAAGCGCCCAUCCCACCAGCUAUUUCUGCGUAGGAAUUGAUCUCAACAGAAACUUCGACUCCAAAUUUAGACAGGUGGGCGUUUCUUCGAACUGCCACUCCGACAUCUACCCAGGAAUCACCGCUUUUAGCGAGGCGGAGACCCAGAACCUGAGAGACCUUGUCGUGGAUAGAAAAGACAAAGUGGUGGCUUAUCUCGGCGUGCAUGCAUACUCGCAGUUUCUGAUGGUUUCCUGGGGCAACGUGUUGGGAAAUUCCAGACCGCACAACUACGUUGAAAUUGACCGCGUGGGAAAGAAAAUGCAGAGUGCUUUGGAAGGACAUGGAUUUCGUUACGAAUACGGCACUGUGUACCAGCUGCUGGAUUAUGCGGCCAGCGGUGCCUCCAUGGACUGGGUGCUGGAGGCAAAACCCAACAUGUACAGCUACGCUUACGAGCUCCGGCCUGACCAGAGAAGCAACGACGGCUUCAACCUUCCCCCCAGGUACAUCGUGAGCCAGGGAGAGGAGUACUUUGACAGCCUGGCUGUCAUGGCCAAAGAGAUGAGCGUGUGCCGUGCCGGGAGCGGCUAUGAGCAAUGUCAAUCCCACGCCGUCGUUGGGUGACUCGGCCCUGUUGGUGACUCGGCCCUGUUGGUGACUCGGCCCUGUUGGUGACUCGGCCCUGUUGGUGACUCGGCCCUGUUGGUGACAGGCUGGUGAAAGGGGAGUUAAUACUAUAGAAGGUAUCGGGAAAUAUAGACAGACAAUAACUAUAAUACAGUUGACUAUAAUAUUUAUAAUACAGUAUAUAAUUUCAAGGAACACUAGACAGAUAAAUACAUGUAGUUGCAAUACUGUAGAUAAUGUCAGAAAAUAGAGACAGAAAAUACCUAUAUUACAGUAGACAAUAUUUAUAAUACGUUAGAUCAUUUCGAGAAACAUAGACAUAUAAUACUUGUAAUAGAGUAUCGAGAAACAUAGACAGAUAAUAGUUGUAAUACAGUAUCGAGAAACAUAGACAUAUAAUAGUUGUAAUACAGUAUCGAGAAACAUAGACAUAUAAUAGUUGUAAUAGAGUAUCGAGAAAUAUAGAGAGACAAUAUCUAUGAUACAGUAGACCAUUUCGCUAAACGUAGACAGAUAAUGGUUAUAUUGCUGUAUAACACGUCGAGCAACAUAGACAGACUUAUAGUUAUGAUAUAUAGCAGAUAAUUUCGAAAAACCUGGACACAUAAUAGUUGUAAUGGUGAAGAUCCUUUUAAGACGUACGCUACAUAUAAUAUAGUAGACAUUUUGAGAAACAUAGACAGACAAUACCAUAAUAUAAUAGACCAUUUCGAGAAAGAAGGACAGAACAUGAAUAGAUAAUUUCAACGUAUGGGAUAAUAGAUAAAGACAAAACUUUGGCUACGCAAGAAGAAGAUAGUCACAUUUUGAGCAUUUAAAAGCCUCAUUUCCACUCUCUGAUAAUUCGCAUGGUCUAAAUCACUGGUUUGGUUUUUAAUAUAAAAAGUUAGAUCAGUUUGAAUUACUAGAUACUGUGUUGACUAUAAAGAACUGAAUACACCAGUCCCCCCCCCCCCCCCAAGGAAAAACUAAAUCAAAACAUUUUUAAAAAAUCAAACAAACAACAACAAUGAGAUGUACCAGAUUACCACGGUUAAUUAAUGCUACGGAAAAAAAGUUCCGACUCCUUUUUACGUAAACCGGCGGUUAUCAUUUACUUUAAUCCUAUAACUGUUCUUCUUUUUUUAAAGAAAUUAUUUUAAAAAAAUAAAAGUUGAUGCUUCGUAGUGUUCCGAAAUCAAGGUUAUCUGAAAUCCUGAAGAUGUUCGGAGCCCACAAGGUAACCAUCGGAAGAAAUCACAUAAUUAUAAAAUAAUUAAUUGGGUUCGGAGUCGUAAACAAAACAGGAGAAAUAGACUGAGAGAAAAUUGUCUUUUAAAUCAUCUAAGGUCUUUUCAGUUUGUUUUUGACAACAUCACAAUGCGAAACAUUAUUUUGAGACAUAACCUUACCCAGAAAAAACGAUUUAUAAAAAAAGAAUAAUUGUUUCCUAUAAUCUUACAACUUCAGAUAUCUUUGAACUAUAUUCUCGUCCUUUGAUUUGUCUUGUUCUAUUUUUUUUUCUUUUGUCUUUUUUCUAGUCUGAGCUAACCCUUUUAUUUUCUUAUUCCAAGUUUAAAUGAUUAUUUAUUUCAUACUUAAUUUGACUUGGGUGUUAUUGUUAUUAUUAUUUUAAAGAUUCUUUUAACGUAAGCAAUGAAAGUUAUGAAAAGUUGAGAAGUCAAAGAAAUUCCUUGAUGCUAUAUCAAUAAAGUGUGUAAUUGUCA